AUGAAGGAAGAACAGAACGACGGCGAAGGCGCAUCCGCCAAUGUCGAAAUCGGCAUACCUGUUGUCAGUGAAGGUAGCGUCGAGAAACGAUCCAAGAACGGACGGUACGCUGAAGGAAACAGCAAAGAGUCCAAUGAAGACAGGUCAUGUGCGAAGCGGCACCAGCGACACGAUUACCAUCAUGGCGCCACUACUGACACCUACUCCUCAGAUACCCGCAAUAGCCAGACCGACAAUUACUGA